UGAGGAUGAGGAUGAGGAUGAGGAGGGGAGCCUCGCGCACGGUUCGUUUUCUCUUGGUUUUGUGAUUGUGUAAUAUAUAUAUAUAUAUAUAUAGGCCCAGUAGUAGCCUGCUCAUCAUCUGCUGUAACGCUGUGAUUGUUGUCGUGUAAUAACGGGCGUGACGUCACCGGCUUCAUCAGCGUAGUGUGUUUGUGAAUAUGAUCUGAUCUACAUACACCUGGACCUGAGCACAACAUUACCACACGAUACCUCAGUCAGUCAAAUUACUUCUUCUUGUGAUUAUUUACAGAAUUAACAUUACAGGACCGCAUACUUCGCCUUCAUCAGAAAGCAGUGAGUUCUCACACAGUCUCUGUUCUUCAACGUAGGGUGAAUAACUGUGGAUUUAUUCAGGUUAAAGCCUCUGAACCGGAGGCCCGUGAGAGACUAUGAUCAGAUGGAGACACUGAGUCACGUGGCUGUAUGUGACAGAUCUCAGGGGCAAAGGUGGGCUUUGGCCUCGCUUCACGUGUGUGUGAAUGCAGGAGAGACGAGGGGCUGCUGGGAGGGUCUUUAAUGACCAGAGAUGUGCCACUUCACAAGUGUUUUCACAAAUACAGAUCAGACACCUGGUUCUGGUUCCUGUGGACGCUUGUCCUUUCCAGCUGACUGACAAAUAUGGCAAAGAAAGACUAUCUGCUAGAUGCAGCCCAACAGAUUCGCAUGGCACUGGACCGAGAAGUCAAUGAAGACUAUGAGGCGGCAUUCAGCUACUAUAAGAAUGGAGUCGAUCUGCUGCUCAAUGGAGUACAAGUGGAUCCAAAUAAAGAGAGACGUGAAGCAGUGAAACGAAAGACCACUCAAUAUCUGAAGAGAGCCGAGGAGAUCUUCAUCUCUUACUUACAAGACAACAUCUCUAAAGGAUCCACUCAUUUAGGAGGUUAUAGUAGCUUGCGCUUUCGGUCGAUCAGACAUCUAAGUUCACCGGUGGAGAAUCUGGCGAUGUGCAAAGUCGUUGGAAUCAUUGAUAAGGUGCUGACGGUUGAAAGUCUGACAAGCAAGGAGACAUUUAUCGUUAAGAGUUUACCAAAGUCGAGCUGGGAGAGUCGUGAGAGGUCGACCAUCAUUCCUCAGGGAGUGCCCUUCAUGGUGAAGCUGCUAAAAUACUAUGUCAGUGAAGACACUGUGUUCCUUCAUCUAGAACAUGUUCAAGGUGGAAGACUCUUUUCCAGACUUCACAGGGUCAGAAGUGAAGCAGUCAGGGAGCAUCCAGAAUGCUUCAGCCCCAACCAGCACAAGAUCUGUCUGAAGAACAGCUACACCCUCCCUGCUCUCCACCAGGAGAUUUACCUCAAUGAGAAUUAUGAGAGAACUAAACCUCUUGAGAGUCCAGGCAGCCCAACAAAACAUUGUCUUGAGAACUGCAUAACCCACUCCUACUGUGAAGAUUCAGGACGCCAGCAGGGGAGUUCUCUAGGUUGGUAUGCAACAAGGACAGAUAAUGAGCUUCCUUCUGUUGGUCUACCCAAUGGUCUCAAGUCUUUACCUCAGGAUAUUAAUCCUCUUCCUAUUCAUCCCUGUGUGAUUGUGGACACUCGGGAUCCUCUUGAUGUCACUUCCGACCUUCUGGGAAAUGAUGUCCGCAUUGAGCGCAUUGAAUCUUACAUAGAUCUGAACAAAGCUUGGAAUGCUUUGGAACCUGCUCAGGACUGUCUGAGUUUCACUGUACCAGGAUCAAACUCGGAUAUUCUAGGAUUCAGCAUUGCAUCUCAGAUUACUCCAGCCUCUUUAUUUGGUGAAAACGCACAACCAACCCUUUGCAGCACGGUUGAUGUUCUUCCACAGAGAGUGCGGAUAGUUCCCAACACGUCACAUUUACCUCCACAAAACCAAGCGCAUGAUGGAUUUCCUCAUGAACAAGGUGUCACUAACUGUAAACCUAGUGGAAAUGGACAGAUUUCACAGUUUGUGGCUGAAUUGAGCAAAGUCAGUUCUCGUCGCAAUCCAUUUGAAUGUACACCUCAAAAACAAGAAAGUAUCUCUUUAGACUUUACCAAGAUGUCUUCCCAGUUGAACACUGUUGACAUGGUGAGGGAGGUUGGGAAGGAGGACAUGGAGAACUGGCAGUUCUUCAACUCUUCAUUUAAACAACCACAAGUUGGCAUGAUCUCCUGUCUGUCAGCACCUACCACAAACAGCUCCUGUUGGAGCGAGACUGAAGUAGAACAGCAGAUGAAGGUGGAUGGCUUGGGCCAUUACUCCCAAAUUAAGGCCAAGAACUUCAGUGCCAAAUCGAAGUGGGGUAGAUGGGGACUCCCUGAGAAUGAGGUGCGACUGUGGGGGGCUCAGAUUCUGUUGGCCUUGGAAAGUCUUCAUGAGCAGGGCAUUGUGUGCCAGGACCUCAACCCACGAAAUAUUCUACUCCGCAAUAGUGGUGAGGCGUGUCUUACAUACUUUGGACAGUGGACAGAAGUUCAGCCUGAAAUUAACCCGAAAGCAAUGGAAGAGAUGUACUGUGCACCAGAUUUGGAGCAGAAAUUGGAGGUGUGUCAAAAAUCACAGAGGCGUGUGAUUGGUGGAGUCUUGGAGCUUUAUUAUAUGAGCUUCUUACUGGCACGGCCCUGUGGCAGUGCCACCCUACAGGUGUUCACCCUCACACUCCUCUCCAUAUCCCAGAAUUCCUCAGCACUGCAGCCGCCUCGCUUCUCACUGAGCUGCUCCAGUUUGAUGCGUGUUAUCGUCUGGGAUCAGGAGGCGGCGGCGUGAGCGACAUUAAGUGUCAUCCGUUCUUUAACUCUGUCCCAUGGCUCACACUCAGCAGUUCAGUGACGCCGUAGUGCCUUCUGAAAGUAUUCACCCCCUCCAUUUGUUUCUGCCAUUACACCUCCAGAUAUUAAAGUGCCCCUAUUAUGGGUAAUGAAAGGUUCAUAUUUUGGUUUUGGGAGUCCCCAACAACAGGCUGACAUGCAUGCAAGGUCAAAAAACACUUUCACUGUCUUAUAAUAUGCAUUUAUUUUUACCUUAUUUGCUCAAUGACUCCCAAACGAUUCGCUCAAUGAUUAAUUUUUCCAAACCCCUCCUUUGCGUGACAUUAAUCUGCGGUGAUUGGUCGAUUGGUCACAUAUUAAUUUCAUCUGGCCUGUAAUGCCUCAUAAAGCAGUGUUUGUGAGGCAGUGCUGCUUUGUGUACAGCGUUACCGCCGGGAAACUGCUAUUUUUAACUCUCUGAAAGCAGCACCUAGUGGCAAAGAAUGACUUUGUAUUUUCAUUCAGACCAACAUGAAAAGACCAACAAGUGGGCGGCAAUAUGCUAAUGUUUCAUGUUGACGUCAACAUGAAACGGCUUGGGAUUCGUUUUUAAAACAACUCGUUUAAAUGAUUCAGAGUCGACUCUUUGUUUUGAGGGACAAUGACUUUAUACACAGUGCACUUUCAGAUUUAAAACUUUGCAGGAUGUUUUCAUUCACUUAGAUCUGUGUUACACACUAUCCAUAAUAGGGGCACUUUAAAGAUGAGCACAGAUUCCCAUUCGGAGUCUGAAUUUCCUCUGGGAAAAAAAAAAAAAAAAGAGAGCAUAUUUAUGAAUGUUUUUCCCCAAAAAAUAUUUUUACAAUGUAUAACAAUGUUGUGAAUCUUUAUUUGGCCUAUUUAUGUCCGUAAUCUCACCAUCUGGAAAGCACCCUAAGGCUCUGUUUGGACUGGAUUACUAGUACUAAUAUUUAUACCUUUUAAAAACACUAUGCAUUGUUGCACAGUAAAAAGAAGUAUCACAUGACAGCCAUCUUCAGUGGCUGUUCAGUUCACCCGAAAAUGAAAAUGUCAGGCCAUUCAAGAUGUAGAUAAGUUUGUUUCUUCAUCAGGUUUGUAGAAAUGUGUCUCUGCAUCAGUGUCUCAGCAAUGGAUGCUCUGCAGUGAAUGGGUGCCGUCAGAAUGAGUCCAAACAGCUGAUAAAAACAUCACAAUAAUCCACAGCACUCCAGUCCAUCAGUUAACAUCUGGAGAAGACAAAAGCUGAAACACAUCCAGCAUUAAGAUGUUUUUCUUCCUCCAGUGAAGAAGUGUUCUGGUGUGAAUCAGGAGAGAAAUCUGCAGAUCAAGCAGCGUUUACAAGACAAAACAGCUCUAAACAAAUAUGUGGCUGGAUUUUGAUGUGAGAGACAAAAGCAGAUGCACUUUUUCACUGGAGGAAGCGUUAUGGAUUAUGGAUUAUGGACUUGAAUGCUGGAUUAGUUUCAGCUUUUGUCUUCUCCAGAUGUUAACUGAUGGACUAGAGUGGUGUGGAUUAUUGUGAUGUUUUUAUCAGCUGUUUGGACUCUCAUUCUGACGGAUCUACAUCUGGGAUGGCCUGUUUCUUUUUAUGAAUUUUUUUCAAAUUUUUAUGCUUCAUUUUUUUGGCAGUUUAAUCAAAGUGAGUCUAAAUGCGCGAUAAAUCACAGCUAAUGGAAAUGGAAGUGUGUAAGUGCUAAACUGCACAUUAAGUAUAGUCUGAGUAUUUAUGGAUACAGUAAACUAUCAACAGUAUACAAUAUUAUAUAAUAAUUAAAUGGAAAUAGUAGAAUACUAAUCUGAUCAUGGACUAAAGAGUUUCAGAUAUUUCAACGAUUUUUAAAACUGCAGAUAAUCAGAUUUCAUUUUCAGCACGACUUGUUGGAGUGGAAACAACUCAUUUUAUUUUAAUUAGACGAGCAGAAAAAAUGAAUGCGGGUGAAUCUUUUGUGAAGGUCUGAAGCGGAUCACAACAUUGAAAGUCCCAAAGAACUCUGGAUGUCUCAGGAGGAUUCAUGGUUCAUAGCUGUUCUUUUACCACCAUCUGGUGGCAGCAGGAUUCAUUUCUCCACAUCAGCAGUUUUCUACACAACACUUGCAGUGAAAUCAAGGACAAUUGACUUCAAAUGUCUGAAAAAUGAAUUCCCACACCUCCUACAGAAAUGGACCUGCAUGAAGCUGCAGAGAGCAGACGGGUCGACCGGCGCACAUUGGGGGCAUUAUAACUUUGCACUCGCUGUACUGAAGAUGUGCAGGUGAAAUGCAAUAUUACUGAACACCAAACAUUCAGUCAUGUGUUAUGUCCUCUCCAUUUCUGAUUGAAUGUUUCUUUAUGUUAAUGCAUUGAAUAAAACCACUAAUUUCUUA